AGACAAAGGGAGGAAGGAGGCGGGGGUUCCGGCUGUCAGUGGCCGGUGCAGCAGCACAGCAGCUCGGCUACACAACAGGGAGGUAACAGCCCGCUCCCCUGGUCCUCCCCGCUGACACCCGCCCCAACAUGUCCGCCAGGCCGGGAUUCUACCGCCAGGAGCUGAACAAGACGGUGUGGGAGGUUCCGGAGCGGUACCAGAACCUGACGCCGGUGGGCUCCGGAGCCUACGGUUCUGUGUGCUCCGCCUACGACGUGGUCCUGCGGCAGAAAGUGGCGCUGAAGAAGCUCUCCAGGCCUUUCCAGUCUCUGGUCCACAGUCGCCGCUCCUACCGGGAACUCAGGCUUCUCAAGCACAUGAAACACGAGAACGUGAUCGGGCUGCUGGACGUCUUCACACCUGCUUCCACCUUGGAGGACUUCAACCAACUCUACCUGGUGACCAACCUGAUGGGCGCGGACCUCAACAACAUUGUCAAGUUCCAGAGGUUGUCUGACGAGCACGUUCAGUUCUUGAUCUAUCAGCUGCUGCGAGGCCUCAAGUACAUCCAUUCUGCGGGCUUGAUUCACAGAGACCUGAAGCCCAGCAACGUGGCCGUUAACGAGGACUGUGAGCUCCGGAUCCUGGACUUCGGCCUGGCGAGGCAGACGGACGACGAGAUGACGGGCUACGUGGCGACUCGAUGGUACCGAGCGCCGGAAAUCAUGCUCAACUGGAUGCACUACAACCAGAACGGUGAGAGUGAGCGCUCCUCCUACCCGAGACCUUCUGAGGAAGGAAAGAACUUGACGUGUAGGUUUUGUCUUCCAGUCGAUAUCUGGUCAGUGGGAUGCAUCAUGGGAGAGCUGCUGAAGGGGAAAGUCCUCUUUCCCGGCACGGACUAUAUCGACCAGCUGAAGAGAAUCAUGGAGAUGGUUGGAACGCCGACGCCUGAUCUCCUGAAGAAGAUCUGCUCCGAGCAUGCUCAGAAGUACAUCCAAUCUCUGCCUUUCAUGCCCCAGCAAGACCUGGAGAAGAUCUUCAGGGGAGCAAAUCCACUCGCCGUGGAUCUGCUUAAGCGUAUGCUGGUUCUGGACUGCGACGGCAGAAUCUCAGCCAGCGAGGCGCUGUCCCACCCUUACUUCUCUCAGUACCACGACCCGGACGACGAACCAGAGGCGCCGCCUUACGAUCAGACGCUAGAGAGCAAAGACCGCACUCUCGAAGAAUGGAAAGAGUUGGUGUUUGCGGAGGUCAGCGGCUUCAAGGCGUCUGGCGGCAAGACCGGCGGCCUUCAGGCGGAGCACUGACCCACCUGUGCCACACCCCGCUCACCCGCACGGAUCACCUGGACUUCCCGUCAGCCUGAAAGAAGAAAAAUGCCGCCUGCUUCCUCGUUAUUGCAACACUUUUGAUGCUUUCGCCAUUUACACGCUAAGAAUGUACUCCCGCCUGCAUACUGCAUACUACCUAGUGCAUACUGCAUACUGCACACUAAUCCUGCAUGAGUGUACUAUGUCGACACAGCAUCUCACCACAGGUCAGAGGGAGGAAAUGCACCAAAUAAUCAUUUCAUCAACUGAUAAGCGUUGCAGUGAGGAAGUUGUAGUAAACACCGACUGUGCUUUGACUUCCUUUAAGUGUUCACAGUGUGGAUCGUCAACACACCUGGCGUAUUAUUUCUACCGUUUCUAUGUGAAUGUCAUUUUAGCAACACUUUCAAUUGUUUACUGUAUUUGCAGGUGAGCUGCAACUGUCAAGUGUACUUAAAGUAUGCUAACGUGAAUGUGGAGUGUACUUAAAGUACGCUAACAUGGAGUCGACUUAAAGUACGCUAACAUGGAGUCGACUUAAAGUACGCUAACGUGGAGUGUAUUUAAAGUAUGCUAACGUGAACGUGGAGUGCACUUACAGUAUGCUAACGUGAAUGUGGAGUGUACUUAAAGUAUGGUAACGUGAACGUGGAGGGUACUUGAAGUAUGCCAACGUGAAUGUGGAGUGUACUUGAAGUAUGCUAAUGUGAAGUGUACUUAAAGUAUGGUAACGUGAACGUGGAGGGUACUUGAAGUACGCUAACGUGAGCGUGGAGUGUACUUAAAGUAUGCUAACGUGAGCGUGACGUGUACUUAAAGUAUUCUAACGUGAAUGUGACGUGUACUUAAAGUAUGCUAACGUGAAUGUGGAGUGUACUUAAAGGUUGCUAACGUGAACGUGGAGUGUACUUAAAGUAUGCUAACGUGAACAUGGAGUGUACUUAAAGUACAGUAACGUGACCGUGGAGUGUACUUGAAGUAUUCUAACGUGAAGUUUACUUAAAGUAUGCUGACGUUAACAUAGAGUGUACUUAAAGUAUGCUAACGUCAACGUGGAGUGUACUUAAUGUAUGCUAACGUGGAGUGAACUUAAAAUAUGCUAAUGUGAACGUGGAGUGUACUUCAAGUAUGCUAAUGUGAGCGUGAAGUGUACUUCAAGUAUGCUAACGUGAACAGGGAGUGUACUUAAAGUACACUAACGUGACCGUGGAGUUUACUUGAAGUAUGCUAACGUGAAGUGUACUUAAAGUAUGCCGACGUUAACAUGGAGUAUACUUAAAGUAUGCUAACGUGAAUGUGGAGUGUACUUAAAGUACACUAACGUGACCGUGGAGUGUACUUGAAGUAUUCUAACGUGAAGUGUACUUAAAGUAUGCUGACGUUAACGUGGAGUGUACUUAAAGUAUGCUAACGUCAACGUGGAGUGUACAUAAUGUAUGCUAACGUGGAGUGAAUUUCAAAUAUGCUAACGUGAACGUGGAGUGUACUUCAAGUAUGCUAAUGUGAGCGUGAAGUGUACUUAAAGUGUGCUAACGUGAAUGUGGAGUGUACUUAAAGUAUGCUAACGUGAACGUGGAGUGUACAUACUUAAAGUAUGCUAACGUGAACGUGGAGUGUACUUAAAGUACACUAACGUGAACGUGUAGUGUACUUGAAGUAUGCUAACGUGAAGUGUACUUAAAGUAUGCUGACGUUAACGUGGAGUGUACUUUAAGAAUGCUAACGUGAACGUGGAGUGUACUUAAUGUAUGUUGACAUGAACAUGGAGAGUACUUAAAGUAUGCUGAAGUGGAGUGUACUUAAAGUAUGCUAAUGUGAACGUGGAGUGUACUUAAAGUAUGCUAACGUGAACGUGGAGUUUACUUAAUGUAUGCUAACAUGAACGUGGCGUGUACUUAAAGAAUGCUGAUGUGGAGUGUACUUAAAGUAUGCUAACGUGAACGUGGAGUGUACUUAAAGUAUGCUUACGUGAAAGUGGAGUGUACUUACAGUAUACUAACGUGAAUGUGGAGUGUACUUGAAGAAUGUGAACGUGGAGCGUACUUAAAGUAUGCUAACGUGAAGGUGGAGUGUAUUUCUAGUAGUGUACUUAAAGUGUACUAACGUGAACGUGGAGUGUACCUGAAGUAUGCUAACGUGAACUUAAAGUAUGCGAUGUUACGUCGUCUGGAUUUUAAACGUGUAUGUUUUCCUUUUUAUAUUCUGUGUGUUACUUUUGGUCUUAUAAACAUUUGAUCACCAAA